AAUCAUCUGUGAAUGAAAUUUCUAUAAAAAGGGUUGCAGAAUUAAAGCAGAUUCAAACCGACAAAAGACUUUCGAAACAACGCAGAAGACUUACAGAUGAAACUCACACUAGGUAUGGAGGAGGCAAAGACCAGCUAUCCAGUGACCAUCUCACAACCAGGGGAUUUGCAGAAAGGCAAACCGAAGUUCGUACGAAAUGUUGCGAUUGCCUUCAUCGGAUUUGUGUUAGUGGCAGUCGUCAUUGUGGUGGCCGUGUACUUUGGCAUCAGGCUUACUAAGGAUACGUACCAGGAGGCGUGGCACACUUUCCGAGACAAAGAAGGUCAUUACAUGGAGGAGAAAGUGAACAAGACCAAGGACAUGACCGAGAUACACGUUCCCAACAGCGUCCAUGUCAUCUAUGACUACGUUAACGGAAUAUCAGUUGAGCGUUUCACUGACGUCCAGACAAAGAUACGGGGACCGUGCUAUGUCCGAUUCCUCAAUAGCAGCAAGACCAACAUCUCCCCCGACACUGACCAGACAACAGAUGAUGCUGGCCCCUAUGACAACAAGGUGGAAUCGCAACACUGGAAGUUAACAGACCGGAAAGUGCCAUCUUAUCUGACGUCAGCACCACGUGUCCAGGAAAUGUGCAAGGACACUGACAUCUUCUGGAUGGAGGAAGUGCCAGAGUCGUCAAUACAGAAGAGGCAGGCAUCAGGUUAUCAAUGUAACCUGAUCAUCUACAGGACAUUUACCUACAAUUGGGUUAGAUACCUGUAUAAGGAAUGGGUGUGCUAUUUAUACGGGAGAUAUGCAUUCAACUACUGGGAGCUAUGGAGAAUAUCAGCGUAAGCAAAUCAGUGACGCAACAAAUGACAAAAGGUCACCUUGAACGUGUUAUGAAUAGACCUGGAGAAGACCUUCCCUUCUCUAUAUCAAUUGCUUAGAAUCAUAUGUGCACUAUGAGUUCAACGAACACCGUUUUGAAAUGUAUAUAACAUUCCCAAGACUUUUGUCUCUAUAUCCAUUUAACUGUAUUGAUUAAAAUGUCUUUUUAAUUUUCAGCCUCAUCUUGAAGUAAACUUAAACAAUAAAUCUUUAAUAAACUUGCAUGGGUAUUACGGAUCAUGAUUACACCUGUACCUUUAUUUGUGUAUUUGUAUUUCUACCGAGAUGUACAUAAUAAUUAUUAUGUUUCCAUAUAUCUUUUUUUAAUAAACCUGUAGCUAUAA